CGGAUGAGAGUCCUGUAGGUCGAUUAGACUGUCUUGCGAUGUUCGGACCCUUGAGCCCUGAUGGUUUCUUAUGUCAAAGCAUCUGUCUUCCGGGAAGUGGGCUGAAAUCCGUAAAUGAGACGAGGCGGAUCAAGGAGGCGGCGAGGGAAAAGAAGAUUAUGCUGGAUUAUAUAAGAUAAGUAUAAGUGAACCUGUGGACUUCGACGAGUGGUCGAAAUUUAUUCGUGGAACACGAAGAUUUUUGAAUCCUUGUUUUUUCCCUCCUCAGGAAUCGUGUCUACUUGCUUCCGUUGUACUAGAGGCUUAGCUACCGUCUCUAAGAACCAAAUCCAGCGUCGGCAGGUGGAGCAGAUACGAGAG